AUGGAGGUUGCAUGUGCUGUGGAUUCCCAUUUUGUAGGAGAUGAUAUUGGAAAUGUUUCCUGUUCCUUUUCUUCUCCAAAUGAAUUACCAAUAAUAAAUGAUCUAAUUAUGGUAUUAGGUUCCAUAUCUCAGUCAAAAGAAACAGGCGUAGCAGUUGAUUUUUCUGAUCCUUCCAUAGUUUAUGACAAGGUGAAAUAGGCAACAAAAUUUAGCAUUCAAAGUGUGGUGCAUGUGCCUUGGAUUAAGAUUAAGCUAGCGACAGUAGGAGCGUUGUCUGCAUUCUGUGACAAAGCCAGUAUGCUGAGCAGAGGAUGCCUGUAGGGUUCUCUGAUCGCACCAACUCUGUCCGUUGUUUCUUUACUCCUUCAGCAAGCUGCCAUUGCAGCUUCCUUCCAUUACAACAACGUCGAAAUUGUUGAAUCAAGGGCAAAUCCAAUAGAUUUUCCAUCAAUGGAUGCUAUUCAAAUUUCAAAGAACCUCUCUAACAUGGGUCAAAUUUAUGAAGAUAUUGCAAGAGGUCAAGUUCUAGGAGAAGAUGGGGGUAGGGUACACGGCAUGGCCCUGCCAGGGCUUCCCUAUAGUACGGCCAUUUACUUCUCUGGCCCGGGAGUGGUUUACUCUAUUAAACACGAUAUCACUGAUGUGAAGUGCCUCAAGCCUGGCCUAAUCCUAGCUAUUAGAAAGGUCAUCCGACUGAAGAAUCUAGUGUAUGGCUUGGAGAAACUCUUGUAA